CUUCGAUAACCAGUGACAGUGACAACUAUUUACCCACUCAAUCUAUUCCCCAUUUUCCCAUUAUACACUUGCUUAGCCUUGGUAUCAGCUCCUGCAUUCGUAUCGGCUUAAUCCCAACAUCAAGUUAACCCUUGCAUCGGCCUUCCAAGUCCUAAGCGAGCGCCCUGGAUUAAACUUUUCAUUCCAACCUCCCCUCCGGCUAGGCAUAUCUCAAAGUAUUUGGAGUUACGUGAACAAUCCCUUACAACAAUAGCAGGGCAAGAUGAAUACUCUCUCUGUACCAGAGCUGAACCGGCAAGUUAUUACGCGGUAUUUCCAGGAGUUCUGGACCAAUGGGAAUCCAGACAUCGUCGACGAACUUUGCGCCGACAAUGUAACGGUUUUCUAUCCCAUGCAUGGGCGAAUGGUGGGCAAAGAUGCUACUAAAGAGUGUUUAGCCAAGUUUAAGCAAGCGUUUCCCGACAUUUCAUUUAGACUGCUGUCUCCUUUUCCCUUGAUUGCAGAAGACAACUACGUGGUUGCUCGCUGGUUUGGUGGUGGUAAGCAUACCGGACCGGCAUUUUACGAUCUUCCUGUUGGAAGUCUGCCCGAGCCCAACACCGGUAAAGAAAUGAGAUUUUCUGGCACAACAAUCUAUAAGCUGGAGAAUGGCAAAAUUUUGGAAGAGACGGGAGAGGAGUCUGGUCUUGUCGCAAUGCAGCAACUAGGAUUCAUUAAACUGAAUGAUGGUUUUGCUCCAUGAGCUCAGUGUAUACAGCUAUAUAUCCCCCUUCGCCUAUACCUGGAGAAUAUGUUACAUAUGCAAAACAAAACAUAGUCCACUUCUAUACAAUGUGGAAGUGUAGCUCGCCAUGAAAUUAAUAGACGAUAUGAUAUCAUUAAAUUUACAAAAAUCGUUUGCCUCCCAUCAAAUUAGUCCCGCUAAUAACUCAUUCACCCUGUCAUGUCCAAUGCGUUGCAGUAGCUCUGCAAGCCUAGCAACAAAAAAGGCGCUGUGGUCUAGGCGUCGGCUCCUUGAGGCCGCAACGAAGUACACCCAUGUCAAAGAGUUCUCUCCCAAGGAAUAUGGAGGAAUCUUGCGCACAGUAACUUGAAGUUUGUCGAGCAAUCUGUUGAGAUCGUCGGAGGAUG